AUGCUGCUGGUGCGCGGGUUCAGAGUGUUGCUGCUGCUGCUGCUGCUGCUGCUGCUGAUGCUGCUGAUGCUGCCACUGUUUUUGCUGUUCCUGCUGCCAUUGCUGCCGAUGCCAGCUCUGCUGGUGCUGCUGCUGCUGCUGCUGCUGGUGCUGCGGCUGCUGCUGGUGCUGCGGCUGCGGCUGGUGCUGCUGCUGCUGUCCCUGCUGCUGCUCCUGGUGCUGCUGCUGAUGACUUUGCCCCGUGUAGAUCUGAUGUCCAACUUGCUGGUGCGCCACCUUGACAUCCGCAAACAGAGUGCGGGCCGCCCGUGGCGGCUGGCCAGCAUCGGGCUCCUGGGAGAACUCAUCCCCACCCACAUUGCGCCGUAG